AGUACUAUAUCAUUCUCUACUAUUUCUAUCGAUCUUUACUCAUCAAUUUUUGUAACAAUGGAAAUGUUUGGCAAAAUUGCAUGUUUUGUGCUUUUGUGCAUGGUGGUGGUUGCACCCCAUGCAGAGGCAUUGACUUGCGGCCAAGUUACGUCUGGCUUGGCUCCAUGCCUCCCUUAUCUUCAGGGUCGCGGCCCUAUUGGAGGGUGUUGUGGUGGUGUUAAGGGUCUGUUGGGUGCAGCCAAGACCCCAGCAGACCGGAAAACAGCAUGCACUUGCCUGAAAUCAGCAGCUAAUUCUAUUAAGGGCAUUGAUACGGGCAAAGCUGCUGGUCUCCCUGGAGUUUGUGGAGUCAACAUUCCUUACAAGAUAAGCCCUUCCACGGACUGCUCCAAGAUCCAGUGAGGCUGAUCGAUGAAAGCUCAAUUUUUCCAACGCAAUGUAGCUUGUGGAGAAGUAAUGAUAAUAAUAAUAAGAUGGAUCGAGUUUGAUCUUGCUCAUGGAUCCAUUACUAUAUGUUGUAUCUUUUUUUUCUUUUUUCUUUUUUAAUUUGUGUCCAUCUUUGGGAGUCAUUAUCGAGCCUUGUAUUGUACUACAAUCCAAUCUUUGAUAAUACAUCUUCAACUAUCUUUCUUAGUCCAA